AUGUCUUUAGAUAAACAUCAAUGUUUGAAUUCUAAAACUAAAUCAUCUUUACCAUUGUUACCUUAUCGGCCAUCUGGAAAAGGAAAGGCUAAAAUAGCAAUGAAAUAUCGUGAAGAUAAAAGACAGAGACAAAUUACUGCAUCUAAAAGAUUACCUGGUUUAAUGAAAAAAGCUGCACAGUAUAGUGAAUUAACUGGGGCAAAAGUUGUUGUUUUAGUCCGAGAUGAGCAGCGUAGAGUUUAUAGAUACUGUUCAGAUGGAGAAAUUAAUAUUGAAAAAUCUGCGAAUAGGAUGCUAACUGAUCCUGCUGAAAAAGUUUUUACAACAGAACAGUUUAGUGAACCUUGUAAUACUUUAGAUGAAAGUUCUGAAAUGCACCAAGUAACUGGUUUUUCGAACAAUAAUUUAAAUUCAAUACAUAAAAAAAAAGCUAUAAAAGCUAAAAUAAAUAUGGAUAAUUCUACAGAGCUUAAAAAUUAUGUUAAUGAAGAAUUGAACUCUGAAGAAAACCAUAUAAAUGUUUUGGGAUUAAAUUAUGAUACUAUUAAUGAAAAUUUUUCUCAAUGGCCAAUUAAACCUAUAAAAUCGUUUUCAACUUAUUCUGAUACAUCGCCACAAUUUUAUGAAAUGAAAGAGAUUGGAUCUUUACCUUUUUUUUAUAAUAUACCGGGUACUGUAAAUUAUACAAAUAUAUAUGAUAUUUCAGAAAACAUUUUUAAUUGUUCAAAUGUAUCCGAGUUAAAUUCAAAUUUUGAAAAUGAAAAUAAUUUUAUAAAUUCCGAAACUCUUUGGUGUCCUGAAAAAUUAAAAAUGUUUUGUUAG